AUGGUACAUUGGAUGAUACUAAAUUUCCCUGUUAAAGAGUCCAUAUUUCAUGCAGUGCUUAUAAUAGCUUGUGUUUUUUUUCCAUGUGAGUCUAGGGCACAAAAAGUACUAAUAUUAAUUGGUUUGCUUGGAGCCAUCCUUGCUUUGGUAUUGGGAUUAGCCAUGGCCUACGAAAAGGUAACAAGGGAAUAUAAGACAUUGAAAAAAAUUGUCCUUCCCGAAUUUAUAGAAAGCAGGCCAAUUAAAGAAUCGGAUUUAGUAAGGAAACAAGAAACUUUGGAAAACAUGUUAAUUCAUGUGAAUGCCAAAAUUAUAGCAGAAUUGAAGACAAAUUAUACGUUUAAAAGUACUGAUCAGCUAAUUGAGUUUCACAAUGCGAUUAUUUCUGAUUUCAUGAUAAAAUAUGAUAAAGAUUAUAGGCAUUUACCAGCUGAACAUAUCGAAGACUGGCAUAAGGUUAUGCUAGAAGCGAAAAUGAUGCAGCAAGAAAAUUAG